AUGACCACCCCAAAGAGCCCUGUCACGACCAGGUUCGGCAGAUAUCAGAGGAACUACAGUGCUAGCCGCUCGCGCAGUGAUGGCCUCCCUGGGGUUGACUACUCGAAGCUCUCUAUCACCAAGUCGGGCUCCCCAAAGGAGUUGCAGCAGAACAAGGACCUCAUAUUCGGAGCCACCUUCACCGAUCAUAUGCUCCAGGUGAAAUGGAACACCAAGGACGGAUGGCUUGCACCAAGCAUCAUGCCAUACCAGAACUUGAGUCUGGCUCCAUCUGCCUCUGUUUUCCACUAUGCAUUUGAGUGCUUUGAGGGUAUGAAGGCCUAUAAGGCUAAAGAUGGUUCCAUCCGCUUGUUCAGGCCAGACAAGAACAUGGCGAGACUCAAUAAGUCGACGCAGCGAAUUGCACUCCCUACCUUUGAUCCAGAGGUAAUGACGAAACUCAUUGGUGAUCUUGUCAAGUUGGAUAGCAGAUUCAUCCCAAGCGAGCGGGGAUACUCUCUCUACCUGAGACCAACUGUUAUUGGAACACAGGAAUCCCUAGGAGUUGCUGCUCCUGGGUCUGCUCUUCUUUUCGUAAUUGCCAGUCCUGUUGGCCCAUACUACCCUACCGGCUUCAAGGCUAUAUCCCUUGAGGCCACGGACUAUGCUGUCCGUGCCUGGCCAGGCGGUGUAGGUGACAAGAAGCUCGGUGCAAACUAUGCUCCUUGCAUUGUCCCACAGAUGGAGGCCGGUACUCGCGGCUUCCAGCAGAACCUAUGGCUCUUCGGUGAAGAAGAGUAUGUCACUGAAGUCGGAACCAUGAACUUGUUCAUCGCAAUGAAGAACAAGGAGACUGGCAAGAAAGAGCUCUUGACUCCUCCACUGGAUGGCACAAUCCUCGAAGGUGUAACCAGAGACUCUGUCCUGGCUCUGGCCAAAGAGAGACUCGCUCCCAAAGGAUGGGGUGUAGCAGAGCGUAAAGUCAGCAUGGGAGAAAUUGCAGAGGCUGCCCAAGAUGGCAGACUCAUCGAGAUCUUCGGCGCUGGUACCGCUGCUAUUGUUAGCCCGAUCCGCGAUAUCAGCUGGAAGGGGCAGAAGAUCGACUGUGGCUUGAAGAAGAACGAAGAGGCGGGCAAGGUUGCCCUUGAGAUGAAGAAUUGGAUCGAAGAAAUCCAAUAUGGUGAAGUGGAGCAUGAAUGGAGGUAA